CUCCUGUUGCUUCUCAUUCCGAAAGGCUACAGCGUCCAGGAGAUAAACAUGACGUCCCAUUCGCCCCGCUCGCUCAGCAAGUCUGCGUCGCCGGCCAGUGCUAACUCUCCUGGAAGCGUUGACCCCGCUGUCGAUCCGUCGGCUCUUUUGGAAGCGGAUGUGGGCGAUAACGAUUCGGCCAUUGGUGUGACAGAUGAUGAGAUUUCAACUGCGUCCUUGCGCUCAAGCAUCCUCGAGUACCACAUGCGGGACGGUCGUGGGUACCACCGAGAUGAGAAAUAUUUUCUCCCUAGCGAUAAACACGAGUCUGAGAGACUAGAUCUUCAAAACCACCAUCUUCUUUUGACAUUCGGCGGUAAAAAAUACUUUGCUCCCUACGCCGACACAGCCAAACGGGUACUGGAUAUCGGCACUGGGACUGGAGUGUGGGCGAUUGACUUUGCCGAUGAACAUCCUCAUGCAGAGGUCUUUGGUGUUGAUAUCGCUGCUAUCCAACCAUCCUUCGUCCCGCCCAACUGCACUUUCGAGGUUGAUGAUGUGGAAAAGGACUGGACUUGGACCAAGCCUUUUGACUACAUCUUUGUCCGCCUUAUGGCGGGAAGUUUUGCCGACUGGGAUACAUUUACGCGUCAAUGCUGGGACUCCCUGGAACCCGGCGGUUGGAUUGAAGUAAUCGAUCCAACUUUUCCUGCCAGGUGCGACGACGGAACCCUGGCCGCCGACUCUCCAUUGAACAAAUGGGACGAAUUGACCGUCAAAGGCGCCGCAAAUCUUGGACGUCGCUUCGAUGAAGGAGUGAACCACGAAGGCCGCCUCAAAGCACAGGGCUUCGUCAACAUCCAACGGCUUGUUUUCAAAUGGCCUACCAACACAUGGCCAAAGGAUCCCAAAUACAAGGAGAUUGGGCUCUGGACCUUGGCAAACAUUGAAGGAAACCUGGAGAUUAUCAGCUCAGUCCUGCUGGCGCACGGGUUGGGUAUGAGCCGAGAGGAAAUAUUGGUGUUCCUUGCCGACGUACGAGCUGAGAUGCGCAAUCGAAAGGUUCAUGCAUAUUGGGAAGUAGUGGUGGUGAUUGGCCAGAAACCGGAGUUGAAAGAGUAGGAAAUAAGUCGUUACAGCUUAACAUAUAGUGCGACAAUCUACUUCACAGAUCAAAUAAACUAUCAAAUCACUUCUACAA